AUGGCUGCCGUACUGCGCCGCAAGGCAACCGCCAAUGUGUACCCGCAGAUUGGACACUUCUUCUGCAACCUAGAAGAGCGACGAGCUGUGACAAGUCCCGAUGGUGACAAGGACACCGAUCCCCUACUUGUGUCUCUUUUGCAAGAGGGAUCCGACAUGAUGGCAGAUCUACGACAUAUUAAUCUGAAACCUCAACACUGCUACCGAAGCCCCGAACCCAUCAACUUGUACCAUAAAGUUGGUCAUGGUACUCUCGACAUGUACGUACUGAAUCCGUCCAAGGACUCAAAACACGUUCGUGAAUUCCUGAAACGAUGGCACAGUAGUGAACAAAAGUUGUUCGAAGGCGCUAGUGUGUCAGGACAAUUUAACUUUCCCAUUCCUAAUCUAGUGUCGAUAUGUGCUUUACUCGUGUGGCGUCCUGCUAACCCUGAUGAUACAAUAACUAGAAUAAUGUUCCCCGGUUCUACGCCUCAACAUAAAAUAUUCGAAGGUCUCGAAAAGUUAAAACACUUGGAGAUUCUUCAGCAUCCCACGUGCACCGGCCGCCAAUUAGCGACUGCCGCCGCGCCGGCACCCGCUCCUGUUGCAGUUCCCACCGCACCUACGGUAGUGUCCGCGAUCAAAACGAAACAA